AUGAUUGAACGAGAAACUAAAGGUCAUCGGGGCCAAAGUUUGAAUGUAUUUCGAAUCCAUACCAAUGACUCAGAUAGAUUUGGCAUGACAGAGUUUGAACUAGAGACGAUGUUAAGGGGUGCUAUUGGACGCGGAGUAAAGGAUGUCGACUUGUACCUCCAUCGUAAAGUAAACUUUCCCAAAGCAUUAUUUGAGUGCAAAACACUUGACUGCUUGACUCUGAGAGACUGCACGGGCAUACUCGAUAAAGUAGACUUGUCUAAGCUCCAAAAACUCUCGUUCAAUUAUGUGGACUACGAGGAUGGAUAUGAGACAGACGAGGCCCUUCAGAAGUUGCUUGCUGGUUGUCCGAUCCUCCAGGAGCUUAUCAUCAGUGGCACGAUCAAGGGUUCGAUGUGUUGUACAUUCAAAACUUUUACAAUUUAUUCUGCUACAUUGAAGAAGCUGACGAUGGAGUUUUAA